GGUGGCCCGGGGUGGAGUCAGCUCAGCCUCACUCAGUCAGUACGUGGCCUCGGCAGUUUGAUUUUGUAGCCUCCAGCUACACUUGGCUAUCGGAGAGGCCUUUAUCCAGGGAAAGUGGAAUGAAAACAGACGACCAGUAGGAUUUUUAAACACAUUUCAUCGCUUUAUAUCGACAGAAGAUAAAACAAACGGCAGCAUGGGGGUCCAUGAAGAGAAAAAGGAAAAGUGUGGAACAGUCUGCCUGAAAUACCUCCUGUUUACUUUCAACUUUCUCUUUUGGUUGGCAGGAGGUGUUGUGAUGGCGGUGGGUGUUUGGACCUUGGUUAAGAAGAGCGACUACAUAAGCCUUCUCUCCUCCAAGACCUACGCUGCCUCCGCCUACAUACUGGUCCUGGCGGGAGCCAUUGUCAUGGUAACAGGCGUGCUGGGCUGCUGUGCCACCUUCAAGGAGCAGAGGAGGCUACUUCGAGUGUACUUUGUCCUGUUGCUGUGUAUCUUCCUGUUGGAGAUCCUGGCAGGCAUCCUGGCUUAUAUCUACUACCAGCAGUUAAAUGAGGAGCUGAAGCAGAACCUGAGGGAGACCAUGACCCAAAAGUAUGAACAGAGCAGCUAUGAACACAUCACUAGUGCUGUGAACAAGCUCCAGCAGGAGUUCAAGUGCUGUGGCAGCAACAGUUCAUCCGACUGGGCUGAGAGCGUCUGGAUUCGCUCCAGAGAAGGAAAUAGUAGAAUGGUGCCUGACAGCUGCUGUAAGACUAUCACUGACCUCUGCGGCCGCAGGGACCACCCAUCCAACAUCUACAAGGUGGAGGGUGGCUGUAUCACCAAACUAGAGAGAUUCAUCCUGGAACAUCUGAAGAUCAUUGGAGCGGUGGGAGUUGGGAUUGCCUGUGUACAGAUCAUAGGGAUGGUGUUUACGUGCUGCCUAUAUCGAAGUCUAAAGGCAGAGCCGUACUAAGAGAAGCAGAGGAAGAAAAGUGUGGGGAUGAACUUCAUCAUCACAUGCCAUACUCAAAUAGCCCAUAGGUUCUUUUCUUUGCCUUGCACAUAGGGGAAGGAAAUGUUGGCAAGGGAUCAAAUUGCACAUCUGAGCAUCUCAUUUUGGUAAACAAAGGGUGGAAAAACACUACAAGGUAUCUUGAAGUAAUUAGGCACUCAAAUUGCAGUCUCAGCAACAUCUUCAAGAUCACAGCGCUGUGAGAAAAAGCCUCUGAGAGCAACUGAUGGGAAUUUUAACACAGAUUGUGUAAAUUAGUGUGAGACAGUCUCCUCGGGACUAAAAUAUUGUAGUUUUUUUCCACUUUGAUUCCCUCGAUGAUUCCCUCGAUGUACAUUUAUGUUUGCCGACCAGGUGCUACACCCAAGAGUGGUGUAAAGAUCAGUGGUGGCACUUUGCAGAAAAUGUUAAUCCUGGUUGCAGCAGUUUCCCUUUCCCAGCAGCAUGGUUUAACAAGCCAACCUCUGGGGCCCUCUUCAACUACAACUUUGCAAUUUUGUUUCCACGCUAACUAGCCAGUCAUGCAUUUUAAAUAUUGUUCAAUUGUGGCCUUUUAAACUUUUGAGCUGUUAGUUUUCAUAUUUUGUAAAUGAUUAUUUUCUGUAACACUAGAGGGGCUUUUUCUUUUGCGCUAUGAGCCUUUAUUUGCCAGAUGUGUCUUCUUAGUGACAUGUUGGAUCGUGUUUUUAAACGAGUUGUAAGCAACAUUCAUUGCCACUAAAUGUCGCAUCUCUGACCAAAUCAAACCUACGCUACGGCCCACCAGACUCCAUUGAGGAAAAACGGUAAGACACAGCAUAUGCCAGAGAGAAGGUGCACAAGUUAGUGCCUUGCUCAACAGCAUAACUGUCAUUUGACACAGCAAUGCCAGCAUUUUAACCUGGUAAGACUUCUCUAAAGUGUGACAUUAAAGAAAUGGUUUUGUUUUGUGUUAAAACAUACAAGCAGCGCCACUAAUAGUGCUCAUAAGUGCGAUUUUACUGUCUCCUUUUUUUAUACAAGGGAUUGAUCCACUGAAGCCAAAGUUGUCUGUAACUGUAACUUUCUGUAAGGACCUAUUGUAUCUCUUCCAGCCUUAUUCACUUAUCUACUGAUGUUUCUCUUCUUAGAUUGUUUUCAUAAAUGAAGAUUUUGUUUACUUUUCUAUUGACCAUAAAUAUAUAUAUAUUCACUCAGUGUUAGCAAUGAUCUUUUCCUGUGUGCCUCCAAAGACAAUAUUAAAUGAAUCUGCUGUAUUUCUGUCUUUGUGAUAAUCCAGGAAUUUAUUUAGUUUGAAUAAACAUUGACCAACAAAAA